UUUAUAAUUGACAAAUAUUCCAAUUUCAACAUGGCGGUGGCAGCAACACCAGCUGUAUCUGAUCAGACCGAAGCACAGACUCCGGGGCAGAUACCGUUUGACCUGUCCCAGCCCCCGGUCAUCGAAGGAUUCACCCCGUUAACGAAGGCCAAAGACGAAAGCUUCAAGGAAAAAUUCCUGAGGAAAACUAAGGAGAAUCCAUUCGUCCCUAUAGGUUGUUUGGGAACAGCCGGAGCUCUGCUGUACGGUCUCCGCGCCUUCCAUCAAGGAAAAACCAGACAGUCCCAGAUGUUGAUGAGGGGCCGUAUAUUCGCUCAAGGCUUCACCGUUGUCGCCAUCGUCGUGGGCGUCUUCGCCACGGCGUUGAAACCAAAGCAGUGAGGGUUCUUCGGUUGACGCUCCUCAGCAGUGUCCUUUAAACUCUGUAUAAAACUAGAUCCGCUGUGGACUCUCUGAAUAACAAGCCAUACAUGUGACGGCGCUCGGAUAUGUAGCUUAUUUAUUGUGGAAAACGUUGAAUUUGCUCAGGUUGAUAAAAAUGUUUUGCUGUAAGUCGGCUGAGUGGGAAAAGCAAAGCAGUUUCAUCUCAAGUAAGCGGAGUCUGGUUUAAUAACCCUGAGAGAUUUUUUUUCUUUUCCACGUGGUUUAUCAUUGAAAUAAAUGAAGCAACAUGUUUCUUCUUACAGAAAUUCAACAUGGAAUGUUUUUUUUUUUCUGUUUAUAAAGGUGCUUUAUUUAAAUUUUGUCAUCUUGAUGUUAAGAUUAAGCCCUCCCUAACCCCGAAAUCCCUCCUCCUCCAUCCCCGCUCCGUUGCCGCCCACCUGCACAAAGCCAACAGCCUCCGCGGUUCCUCCCUUCACAGGAGAAAAACAUGCGGUAGUAAACGUUUAAUUUAACAUGACAUGAUUAAAACUCACCAUCAGCAUCAAUCACACACGUUUGCCCAAACAUAUUUUCUUCGUUGUGGGUCUUUGUAAAUGAGGAUUAUCAUACAGAAUUGGUUUGUUCUCUACUUCCAAAUUCAAGAUUUCUUCAUCCAUGCCUGCGAGAAGUUUGUUUUGAAGUUAUCAGAUGCUCUCUUCAAAGUUGUUGUGACUGGAUUUGGUGAAACUUUUAAGCCUUUCAGUAUAAAAAUUAUUUUGAUCGA